UCUCCACCCCCGGAUCCCCAGGGCGGCGCGGGUCAGGUCCCCUCGAGCUCCGCCGGUUGCCAGGGCAGGACCGCGCCAUGCUCCGGCUCCUGGCGCUGUUGCUCCCGCUGCUGCCGCAGCCCGCGCGCGCCCGGGAGCCCUCCGCGCAGAACGUGAGCCUGGGCGUGAACUGGCUGACUCGCUAUGGCUACCUGCCGCCACCUCACCCUGCCCAGGCCCAGCUGCAGAGCCCUGCAAAGCUGCGGGAUGCGAUCAAGGUCAUGCAGAGGUUUGCGGGUCUGCCGGAGACAGGCGUCCUGGACCCUGUGACAGUGGCCACCAUGCAUAAGCCCCGCUGUUCCCUGCCUGAUGUGCUGGGGACGGCGGGGCUGGUCAGGCGGCGCCGCCGGUAUGCUCUGAGUGGCAGCGUGUGGAAGAAGCGAACCCUGACGUGGAGGGUAAACUCCUUCCCCCAGGGCUCAGUGCUGAGCCAGGAGACAGUGCGGACCCUCAUGCACCAUGCCUUGACCACCUGGGGUGUUGAGUCAGGCCUCGAAUUCCAGGAAGUGGGUUCUCAGGGCCCGAUGGAGCCUGAUAUCCUCAUCGACUUUGCCCGGGCCUAUCACCAGGACAGUUACCCCUUCGACGGGCAGGGGGGCACCCUCGCCCAUGCCUUCUUCCCUGGGGAGCACUCCAUCUCUGGGGACACUCACUUCGAUGAUGAGGAGACCUGGACUUUUGGGUCAAAAGAUGGCGAAGGGACGGACCUGUUUGCCGUGGCUGUUCAUGAGUUUGGCCACGCCUUGGGCCUGGGCCACUCCUCAGCGCCCAACUCCAUCAUGAGGCCCUUUUACCAGGGCCCGGUGGGCAACCCCACCGAGUACCGCCUGUCCCAGGACGACCUCGAAGGCCUGCAACAGCUCUACGGGAAAGCACCCCAAACCCCACUUGACAAGCCCACAAGGAAGCCCCUGGCUCCUCCUCCCCCGCCCCCUGCCCUGCCCCCGGACAGCCCCUUCCAGCCCGUUCCUGAUCGAUGUGAUGGCCAUUUUGACGCCAUCGCCAACAUCCGAGGCGAAACUUUCUUCUUCAAAGGCCCGUGGUUCUGGCGCCUCCAGCCCUCGGGACAGCUGGUGUCCCCCCGGCCCGCCCGGCUCCACCGCUUCUGGGAGGGGCUGCCGGCCCAGGUGAAGGUCAUCCAGGCCGCCUACGCCCGGCAUCCCGACGGCCGGAUCCUUCUCUUCAGCGGUCCGCAGUUCUGGGUGUUCCAGGACCGGCAGCUGGAGGGCGCCGCGCGGCCGCUCACGGAGCUGGGGCUGCCCCCGGGAGAGGAGGUGGAUGCCGUGUUUUCUUGGCCGCUGAACGGGAAGACCUACCUGAUCCGGGGCAGGCGGUACUGGCGGUACGACGAGGCGGCAGCGCGCCCGGACCCCGGCUACCCGCGCGACCUGAGCCUCUGGGAGGGGGCACCGCACGCCCCCGACGACGUCACCGUCAGCAACACAGGUGACACUUACUUCUUCAAGGGCGCCCACUACUGGCGCUUCCCCAAGGGCAGCGUCAAAGCCGAUCAGGACUCCCCCCAACCAAUGGGCCCUAAGUUUCUGGACUGCUCCGCCCCCAGACCCCCCAAAGCGACCCUUAAGCCAGGAGCCUGCGAUUGUCAGUGCGAGAUCAGUCAGGCGGCAGGGCGGCCGUCCGUGCCCCCCCUGCUGCCCCUUCUGCCCCUGCUGGUGGGGGGCUUCGCCUCCCGCUGA